GCUGUGACGUCAGGCGGCGGAAGCGCCAUGCGCGCGCUGUCCCUCGGGCGGUGGCUCCGCGCCGGGCGGGUCCCCCCGCACUGCGGGCACCGGGCACCGGCACCGGCACCGGCACCGCCGCCCCUCGCCAGGCGGGCCAGCGGGAACAGCAGAAAAACCCAGGAAAUUUCCCAAGGAAGCGACAGCAAUCAGCGGGUCCCGACCAGUGGCUUGGAUUUGGUGCCCUUAAAGCAGAAGGUGUCGGUGGAAGUGCUGGACCACUUGGAGCACCUGGCCCUGGUGGAUUUCAGGGAUGCGGAGGGCGUGGAGCGGCUGCAGAAAGCGAUCCAGUUUGCUGAUCAGCUCCAUGAAGUAAACACCGACGGCGUGGAACCGAUGGAUUCAGUGCUGGAGGACAGGUGUCUGUAUCUCAGAGAAGAUGAUGUGACAGAAGGCAACUGCACUAAAGAGCUGCUGGAAAAUGCCAGAGAGAAAGUAGAGGAGUAUUUUGUAGCUCCACCAGGUAACAUCCCUUUACCAAAGCUGGAAGAACGAGAGACUUUUCUGCAGGGCUCUUAGUGACAGCCCAGAGACCAAAUCCCCAUUCAUUAUUUUAUUUUGGGAAAAUGAAGUUUUGUGCAGUCACAGCUGAAACAUCCUGGCAUGUAUUUUGGUCAAAAGGAGAGCACUUGCAAGACAGAAGAACGAAGGUGUAAAAGUUUAGUAGAGCUGCUGAAAUGUUCAAUGUCUCUGAAGCUGGAUGGCAGCAUGGCAGAUGACCUUGGUGCUUUUAUUUGGCAGAGUGACUUUGCUGUCUGGAGGUGAGAGCAAACCCUUGUCCCACUCUUAAUUGUGUAAUUACUUCAUUAUUUGUUUAAACAUCCAUAAUAUACUCACACAGAUGCAUAAAACAUGUAAUUAUUAUGAUACUUGAAUUCUUUCAAGGGUAUUGAAAUAAAGCCUGUAUUUAACACCAGUAAUCCAA